AUGGAGAGAACUGGCUUUCUUAUUUUCCUCUUUCUUUUAAAUAUGCUGAUAUACUGUCGAGGAUAUUGGAAGGUGAGCGGUAGUUGCUUGGAUUCCGAGAGAAAAGCUCUGACUAUUUUUCGGAAGGCUCUCAACGAUCCUUCCAAUAUUCUAACUUCAUGGGAUGAUGAAGCCUCAGGCUGCUGUAAAUGGAGAGGAAUUACCUGCCACAACAUAACUGGGUUUGUUCUUAAACUACACCUCUACAAUCUCAGUCUAAGUGGCAGAAUUGAUCCAGCUCUGGUUGAACUCAAGCAUCUUCAUUUCUUGGACUUGAGCAACAAUGCUUUUUAUGGUAUCUCAAUUCCACAGUUUUUGGGUUCCAUGAAGGAGUUGAGGCAUUUGAACUUGUCAUAUGCAGGGUUCAGUGGGAGAAUCCCUCAUCAGCUUGGAAAUCUCUCUAAACUCAUUUCCUUGCAGCUUUCUUCAUCUUCUUUGAGUGACAAAAACCUGUGGUGGUUGACAAGCCUACCUUCUCUAAAGUACCUCGACAUGUCUUAUGUGAACCUUUCCAUGGCAAGCCAUGAUUGGGUCCACGUAAUGAACAUGUGUCCUUCCCUCGUUGAGCUACGCUUCAUAGAAUGUGGUCUUUCAUAUAUUUCUCCAACUCUUGCUUCUGUUAAUUUCAGUACAUCUCUCCAUGUCCUUGAUCUCUACGGGAACAAAUUCAACUCUAGAAUACCAAAGUGGAUAGGUAACAUUAGUAGCCUUGUGUCUUUAAAUCUCUCUUUGAGCAAUUUUCAUGGUCUAGUUCCUUACCAAUUUUCACAACUUUCCAACUUGGAAGAGUUGCGGCUGGCAGAUUCUCUAAGUGCUAACUCUUCACAACUCCUUGAAGGCAGCUGGAGUAGGAUGAAGCUACUUUAUCUGUCUUUGAGUAAUAUGUAUGGAGGAAUCCCCAAUUCUAUUGGAAAUAUUACCUCACUUGUGGAUCUUGAGUUGUUAUUCGAAGAGAACACAAGAGGUAGCAUUCCAAGAGCAAUAACCAAGCUUGUCAAUUUAGAGAUCUUGUCAUUGAAUGGAUAUCAUAUGCAUGCAAUCAUUCCUGAUUGGUUAGAUGAGCUCAAAAAUCUUAAACAACUUAUUCUUGCCAAUUGCAUGCUGACAGGCCCAAUCCCUGCAGCUCUUGGAGGAUUUCCAUUCUUGCGAUCUUUAUAUCUCAAUGGAAAUCAGUUGAAUGGGCGUAUCCCUUCGUCUCUUGGAGGAUUGUCUUCCCUAGAGGAAUUACUUCUCCAAGAAAACCAGUUGAAUGGGACAAUUCCAACAACUUUAGGAAAACUUUCUAAGUUGUCUGAGCUUGACCUCUCUUACAACUGCUUGACAGGAAACGUCUCUGAAAGUCUUUUUGAAAACCUCAAAAACUUGAACAUCUUGGAUUUGUCUUCCAAUUCUUUGCUUUUUGAUCCACACCCUGAUUGGGCCCCUCCAUUUCAGCUUAAUAAAAUUUCACUAGGAUCAUGUCAUUUAGGUCAUCGGUUUCCUCCCUGGCUACAAACGCAAAAACACGUAGGCAUCUUGGAUCUCUCUAAUGCAGCCAUCUCUGACAUCAUCCCCACCUGGUUUUGGGAUUUAACACCCCAACUUUCUUCACUGAACCUCUCAAAUAACGAGAUUUCUGGCCAAUUGCCCAACCCUUUAAAAAUGCAUCCUCUGGACACCUCCGACAUUGAUUUGAGUUCGAAUAAUUUCAAUGGUCCCAUACCUUGCAUAUUGAAUGGAGCCAUACUACUUGAUCUCUCCAAUAAUCAAUUUUCUGGGCCAAUCCCACCCAAUUUUACAUCCACAAUGAAUGAUUUAGUUAUCUUUUCUGCCAUAGGUAACCAAAUCAGUGGCAAAAUUCCCUCAUCCAUAGGAAAAAUGAAGUCUCUUCUUGUCCUUGAUCUUUCCCAAAACAAUAUAAGUGGCACCAUCCCAUUAAGAUUGGGUGAUUGUGUAGACCUUGUAGCACUUGAUUUGAGCAAGAACCAUUUAUCAGGAAGAAUUCUCACAUCUUUGGGUCUGCUACAUCAACUGCAAACACUGCACCUGAGCAACAAUAGCCUAUCAGGAAAAGUCCUUUCAUCUUUGAAGAACUGUACUCGUUUGGUGACUCUCGACCUUGGACAGAACAAUUUCUUGGGUCAUAUUCCCACUUGGAUUGGAAAAAGCUUUCCGGAUUUAAGAAUUCUCCGUUUGCGAUCUAAUAUGUUUACUGGUAACAUCCCACCACAAUUGUUCAACAUUACUUCUCUUCAUGUCCUUGAUUUGGGACAAAAUUAUUUAUCUGGUUCAAUUCCUCAAAGUCUUCAGAAUCUCAUGGCCAUGAAGAAUGAGCAAAAGAUGGACCACUUUCUUGUGAAUGGAACAGGAUAUUAUUACAAGGAAAACUUACUUAUGUCAGUGAAGGGGCAAAUGCUUGAAUACACUAGAACAAUUUCACUGGUUACAUGCAUGGACCUUUCAAUCAAUAACUUAUCUGGAGAGAUCCCUGAACAAAUCACAAGUCUUUUGGGAUUGCGUGUCUUAAACUUUUCUGGAAACCAUUUGACCGGAAAGAUCCCAAACAAGAUUGGUAAAUUGGUAUUGCUAGAGUCUCUUGAUUUCUUCAAAAAUCAGCUUUCGGGUACAAUUCCUCCAAGCAUGUCAAGUUUAACUUUUCUUAGUUACUUGAACUUGUCGAAUAACAACUUGUCGGGGAAAAUUCCAUCGGGAAAUCAGCUCCGGACUCUUCAAGAUCCUUCUAUUUAUAUGGGCAACAAUGAUCUCUGUGGACCUUCUCUUCCAGAUAAGUGUGAUAGUGAUGAGACUUCUCAAAGUCCAAUGCCCGUUGGUGGUGAUGUAAAAAAAUAUGAUGAAGCACAUGAAAUGGUUUGGUUUUACUCUGCAUUGGCACCAGGAUUUGCUGUGGGCUUUUGGGCCUUCUGUGGCAUUUUAGUGCUCAAGAAAGCUUGGAGGAUUGCUUAUUACCGUUUUGUUGAUGAGAUGAAAGAAAGACUUCUUUACAGUUGUCGCUUUGCAAGAUGUUAG